UGGCCCGCUCAAAGAUGGCGACGAUCUGAAAGCAGAGAAGAACGUCGUCAAAAGUUCCGUUCGUUUUCAACCAGAAAAUUCGCCGCUGCGUCGCAGGUUUCGAUUCCAAACCCGGGUUGUUUGCCGUGUUCGAAGUGUUCCGCUCAGUUUGCGCUGUUCAAAGAACGAGAUUAAGAACUUCCGGAAGCGCUAAAUCCGUAAAUCAAGCUCUAGAUUUUCAGUGCGUUUCGCGUUCGUUGUGCCGCGCGAAUGGACCGUAACAUGUCCAUGGCGGGUCGCCUAACGCGGCGAAGUCCGUCACCGUCGCGUGGUGGCGGCGGAGGCGGCGGUAGCAAGCUGCGCAUGGACCGGAAGCCCAGCCACGUCCGGAUUACCGAUCCGAGCCACCCGGCCGGCAAACGCAAGGAGAUCGAUAACGUGAUGCGCAAGGCACGGGCCUUCCCGAACGAAACCUGGGACAAGAAGUUGCUCGAAGCGGAAGAAAAAGACCCGAACCGUUGGCGUCACACGGGCUUCAAGAAGAUGUACAUCGAAGAGGACGCCAGCAGUUCCGAUUCCGAUGCCGGCCCGCAACGGCCACCUCCCGGCAGAUAUGGCAACGGCGGUGGUGGAGGUCCUGGACCAGGACGUCGCAGCCGUAGCCGAUCCCGUUCCCCAAUGAUGCGCCAUCGGCGCAGUCCCUCACCACUGCGUAAGCGACGCGUCCCGGUUUCGCCCUCUCCGCCACCGAUGCGUCGUCGACCAUCGCCAUCGCCACCUCCGGAGCGGAGACCGCCUCCCCCGAGGCCAAUGCGUCGGCCGUCGCCGCCGGAAUUUCGUCGCAAGUCCCCCGGGGGACACCCGAUGGGAUCGCCACCGCCACCUGGCCGCGGUCGCGGUCGAAUGUCUCCGUUGCCGCCACCGAGGGGACGCCCGAAGCGGCCACCAUCGCCGCCGCCGAAGAUGAACCGCUCCCCGUCCGUGAGCAGCUGCUCCGAGGAGUCCUGUUCCGGUUGCUCGAUGGACGAACGCCACCGUCGUCAUUCCCGUUCCCGUUCGUUGUCCGGUCCGCCGCCGCCGCCGCGAGCACGCGUCCGUGGGGCAUCGCCGCCGCCCCCCGCCCACCUCGGUAAGAUCCGCCGCCCGAUGAGUCCGCCGCCGACGGAUCCGCGCCGCAAGGAACCGCUGCCGAAGGUUCACCGCGUCGAUAAGGAUCCCCGCGACCGGCCAUCGCGUCCGAUUCCGCCGCCACCACAGCCGGAGCGUAUCCGGCGGCCGCAGACUCCCGAAAUGGACAAGGCCCCGCCGGUGAAGGUUCGCGUCCCGAAGCACAAAGUCGUGCCGGAAGAUCCGCGGCCGGCGAAGGUGCGCGCGCCCAAGCCGGCCCCGCCGGAAGCGGCAGCAUCCGCGCCGGUUGCCGCCACCAGCAAGAAGCACAAGGAAAAGGUCGUCGAGAAGCAGCUGCGAGCGCGCGUCAAGAUCGAGGGAGAGCCCAAACCUGUGCGCCGGCCCCGAUCGCCAUCGUCCGGUUCGGAAGACUCGUCCAGCAGUGAAAGUUCUCUGCCUCGGUUCACCGCGACCACUCGGUUGACCCUGUCGGAACGGUUCGGCAAGAUGGCCCAGUGGAGCGUCGAUCGGAGCAACAUGGAGAACAUGCGCAUCACCAAGAACAGCUCCGGCGGGGAUUUGAAGGUGAUGAUCGAGGAAGAAAUGGAGGCGCCGCCGCCGGUUCGGUUCACCUACUCGCCGGCCCCUGCUGGGCACUUCCCCGAGGAACUGAUGACCACCGGCCCGACCGGGCUGUCCUCGUGGGAUGACGUCCGCGUGCGGUACGAGUAUUACAAGGGCCGAGGCUACCUGCGGGAUCUGGAUCUGGAGGACUACGUCAAGUGGGAGGAGUGGUGGUACAAGUACCAGGAGUGGCUCAAGCAGGAGCGCUACUACGAGAUGUGGGAACGGUCCCGGAUGAACCGUCACCGCAAGAAAGUGCCCAUCGCACAGCGGUUGAACUAAAUCUUGAAUGUUUCUCACCCAUCUCUUCCCGUUUAGAAACAGA